GAGAGAGAGAGAGUCAAAGCGGAUUAGAGUUUCUCUGGUCUGUGUUUCUCUCUCUGUCUGAUCACUUGAGGUUUCUCUCCUCUUCAGUGAUCGAGCCUCCUCUCUCUGUUUCCUGCUUGUUUCUUUAUAAAGCGUUGUGUGACUCUCAGCAUGGAUGUGUUAUUCUAGUGUUGGUUGGACUCGGACAUGUUUAUUAUGAGUUCCUCUGCAGAAGAAGCGCAACUCUCUGGUGCGUAACGGAGCUGCUGACAUGGGCUCGAGGUGAAAAGCUCCUCUCGUCCUACUUUAUAUAUCACUUUAUAUAUAAAACAGUAAGACAAAAAGAAAAACAGUAAAAUGCAGAAGAGCGUCCGCUACAACGAAGGACACGCGCUGUUUCUGUCUGCGGUCGCGCGUAAAGAAGGCACGAAGCGCGGCUACCUGAGCAAGAAGACGGCGGAGAACAGCCGAUGGCACGAGAAGUUCUUCACCUUAUACCAGAACAUCCUCUUCUACUCCGAGCACGAGCAGAGCGCGAGACCUGCAGGGAUUUACCUGUUGGAAGGAUGCACCUGCGAGCGCUCACAGGCGCCCAAGAUCUCCACCACUGGGAAGGAAGCGAUGGAAAAACAGCACUACUUCCUCAUCGUGUUUGGUCAUGACGGACAGAAGCCUCUGGAGCUGCGGACGGAGGAGGAGAGCGAGUGCGAUGAAUGGGUGGAGGCCAUCCAGCAGGCAAGUUACUCCGACAUCAUCAUUGAACGAGAGGUGCUGAUGCAGAAAUACAUCCACCUCGUACAGAUCGUGGAGACUGAGAAGGUGGCGGCCAAUCAGCUGCGCACACAGCUGGAAGAUCAGGACACAGAAAUCGAGAGGCUCAAAGCAGAGAUUAUAGCUCUGAACAAAACUAAGGAGCGAAUGCGGCCUUACCAUGUCAACAAUGAAAAUGAAGACCCGGAUAUCAAAAAGAUCAAAAAGGUGCAGAGUUUCAUGCGUGGGUGGCUCUGUCGGAGGAAGUGGAAGAUCAUCGUCCAGGACUACAUCUGCUCUCCUCACGCCGAGAGCAUGAGGAAGAGGAACCAAAUCGUCUUCAACAUGGUGGAGGCAGAGACAGAGUACGUCCACCAGCUCUCCAUCCUGGUCAACUGUUUCCUCAGACCUCUGAGGAUGGCCGCCAGCUCCAAGAAACCCCCCAUCAACCACGACGAUGUCAGCAGCAUCUUCCUCAACAGUGAGACCAUCAUGUUCCUACAUGAGAUUUUCCAUCAAGGCUUGAAGGCGAGGAUAGCCAACUGGCCAACUCUGGUGUUGGCUGACCUGUUUGACAUCCUGCUGCCGAUGCUGAACAUCUAUCAGGAGUUUGUGCGUAACCAUCAGUACAGCCUGCAGGUUUUGGCCAACUGCAAGCAGAACAGAGACUUUGACAAGCUGCUGAAACAGUACGAGUCCAACGCCGCCUGUGAGGGAAGGAUGCUGGAGACCUUCCUCACGUACCCCAUGUUCCAGAUUCCUCGCUACAUCAUCACCUUGCAUGAGUUGUUGGCACACACGCCUCAUGAGCAUGUGGAGCGCAAGAGUCUUGAAUUCGCCAAGUCCAAAUUAGAGGAACUGUCCAGAGUGAUGCACGACGAGGUGAGCGACACGGAGAACAUCCGUAAGAACCUGGCCAUAGAGAGGAUGAUAGUGGAGGGCUGUGACAUCCUGCUGGAUACCAGCCAGACCUUCGUCAGGCAGGGCUCUCUGAUCCAGCUGCCGUCGGUGGAGCGAGGGAAGCUGAGCAAGGUCCGUCUGGGUGCCCUCUCUCUGAAGAAGGAAGGGGAACGGCAGUGCUUCCUCUUCACCAAACACUUCCUUGUCUGCACACGCAGCUCCGGGGGGAAACUGCACCUUCUCAAGCAAGGUGGAGUUUUGUCCCUGAUUGACUGCACCCUCAUAGAGGAACCAGAUGCCAGCGACGAGGAGUCUAAAGCUGGCGGUCAGGUGUUUGGCCAGCUGGACUUUAAGCUGGUAGUGGAGCCAGCAGACACACCUUCAUUCACUGUGGUGUUACUGGCACCGUCGCGGCAGGAGAAAGCGGCGUGGACCAGUGAUAUUAGCCAGUGUAUUGAUAAUAUCCGCUGUAAUGGCUUGAUGACCAGUGUAUUUGAGGAGAACUCUAAAGUCACUGUGCCUCAUAUGAUCAAAUCCGAUAUGCGUCUCCAUAAAGAUGAUGUUGACAUUUGCUUCAGCAAGACGCUCAACUCCUGCAAGGUCCCCCAGAUCCGCUACGCCAGCGUGGAGCGGCUGCUCGAGAGGCUGACCGACCUGCGCUUCCUCUCCAUAGACUUCCUCAACACCUUCCUGCACACGUACAGGAUUUUCACCACGGCAACGGUGGUCAUGGACAAGCUGGCCGACAUCUACAAGAAGCCCUUCUCCUCCAUACCUAUCAGGGUGCAGAACCACUCAUUUGAGCGUCUGUCCAUCUCAUCCAUCUGUCCCGACUCCAGUCUGAAGAUCAAGAAGAUAGCCCUGGAUCAGUCCAAGUCUUUGGAGCUGUUCUUCGCCACCAACCAGAACAACCGAAGUGGCGAACACACAAACGACAAAUCUCCUCGUCUCGCCCGCAAGUUCUCCUCUCCACCUCCGCUGUCCAUCUCGUCCCGCACCUCCUCCCCUGUCCGAACACGAAAACUCUCUCUCCACUCCCCCAGCACCGUCAGGGUGGGAGGCCUCGACCUAACCAGUCCUCUGUCGAACUCCAGCGUCAACAAUAACACCUCCCAGUCUGCUGGCAGCAGCCCCACAUCUGCCAACACCCCCCAAACCCCGACGUCUCAGACCCCGACUCCGACCACCACCUCUCCUCCUCCUUCCACCUCUCCCCCACCCAACAACUCUAAGCCACCACAGGACCAAGUUCCUCCCAUCCCCUCGUCCCCAGACCAGAGUCCCGGCUCCACUGCAGAGGGGGACGAGGUGCCCAAGAUCGACCCCUUCUGUUCCAAAAUGAGACGGAGCAUCCGCAGAUCUGUGCUGGAGUCGGUGUCGCUGGAGAAAAUCAUCCCGGAGUCUCCUCAGAGCAGUGAAGCAGGAGAUAUAUCUCCAUGUCGCUCCCCUUCCACACCUCGACACCUCCGCUUCAGACAGCCUGGAGUCCAGGCAGGGGAGAACUCACGCUGCCCAGUCUCUCCGGCUUCCGCCUUCGCUAUCGCCACAGCAGCAGCAGGACAUGGUUCACCACCAGUGUUUACUAACUCUGAGAGAACUUGUGAUAAAGAGUUCAUCAUCCGCCGAGCUGCAACUAACAGAGUUCUCAACGUGCUGCGGCACUGGGUUUCCAAACACUCCCAGGACUUUGAGAUGAACGGGGAGCUGAAGAUGUCGGUGGUCUGUCUCCUGGAGGAGGUGCUCCGAGAUCCAGACCUCCUGCCUCAGGAGAGAAAAGCUACUGCCAACAUACUAAGUCUAUUCUAUUCUACUCUGUCUCCUAGUGCCCUUUCUCAAGACGAGCAGGACGACGCCCAGCUGAGGAUAGAGGACAUCUUACAGAUGGCGGACUGUCCGAAGGCGGAGUGUUUCGAGUCUCUCUCAGCGAUGGAGCUGGCCGAGCAGAUCACUCUUCUGGAUCACAUCGUCUUCAGGAGCAUUCCUUAUGAAGAGUUCCUGGGGCAGGGCUGGAUGAAGGUUGAUAAGACCGAGAGGACGCCGUACAUCAUGAAAACUUCUCAACACUUCAAUGACAUGAGUAACCUGGUGGCGUCACAGAUCAUGACCCACACCGAUGUGGGCUCGAGGGCCAACUCCAUAGAGAAGUGGGUUGCUGUGGCUGACAUCUGCCGCUGCCUCAACAACUACAACGGAGUGCUGGAGAUCACGUCUGCUCUCAAUCGCAGCGCCAUCUACCGUUUGAAGAAGACCUGGGCUAAAGUCAGCAAACAGAGUAAAGCCCUGUCGGACAAACUGCAGAAGACCGUGUCCUCUGAGGGACGGUUCAAAAAUCUGAGGGAGACCCUGAAAAACUGCAACCCUCCAUCUGUGCCAUACCUGGGAAUGUAUCUAACAGAUCUGGCCUUUAUUGAGGAGGGAACGCCCAAUUUUACUGAGGAGGGUCUUGUUAACUUCUCCAAAAUGAGGAUGAUAUCCCACAUCAUCAGAGAGAUCCGACAGUUUCAGCAGACACCCUACAGGAUUGAGCAUCAACCCAAGGUGACCCAGUACCUGCUGGAUAAGACUCUCAUCAUGGAUGAGGACACGCUCUACGAUCUCUCGCUGAAGAUCGAGCCCAGGCUUCCCGCCUGAGUUCCAGCUGUUUGUGGCCAGUGGGAGCCUGCCGAACCUGGACCCCCAAGGGCAACUCGCCCACGUAACCUCAUCAAUCAAGAGGAAAUUGGGAAGUUUUGAGAGCGAGAGAUACUGACUGAAGUGAGAGAUAUCUUUAGAGUCAAGCACGAGGACAGUUGAACAAGCUUUUUACAAGAGACUGAGGAGAGGAGAAUUUCUAAAGUGUCGGAUUGAUUGUCUUCAAGGGGAACAAGAGGAAAAGGUUGCAUUGCGUGAGGGUUUUGAGGAAAAAUGACGUCCCUCAGUCGAGAGUGUGGUGCGCAUGACGUCACACUUCCUCAGACAGCCUGAGAGAGCAUGGAGAGCAUGGAUGAAAUACAGUGGAUGUAACGGAGAUGUAGCAUAUACAGAUAGUGUGACAGAAGAGAUGUCUGAGCUCGUGUCUCUGUGCUGUUGUCUGUGUUCUGUUGCCUGUGCGUUUUCCGUGCCACGUCCUGGAGCAAGAGCCCCGAAAAAAAUGCUUUGUGUCAUGACGGUCACUGCAUAAAACUUGCAUGAUUUCAGCUUGGGAUGUAACUGUCUAAAUGGCCUUCAACCUGACCCCUGACCCCUCAGCUUAGCAUGCCUCACUCUGACCGGGGUGACUCUCUAAGCCACUAUGCAUCCUCAGUGGGCUGGGUAUGGCAAAAACGCCUUUAAGCCUUCAAAUAUGAAAGAUACUAAAAUGAAGAUAAUUUAAAUGGAAAAUUUGAUAUAUGGCUGAUUUUUCCAUUAUUGAAAUUCUGUAUUUGUCUUUAGUAAAUCUUUGCCUAAAGAUGAGAAUGAAAAGCGCUUUCUAAAAAAAAAAAUGUCCACAUGAA